AUGGCCCUACCCUGCCGUCCAGGAGAUGAAUCUCGGGCCGGCGCCCAGGGCUCUGUGGAAAUGCCCUCCAUGGAGGUCCCUUAUUUAAAAACCUUCCAUGAUAAUGAAGAAUCACAAAACCACACUGGUGAGCCUAUUGGAGAUGACUACAAAAAGAUGGGAACACUUUUUGGUGAACUGAACAAAAGCCUCAUCAACAUGGGCUUCACAAGGAUGUAUUUUGGAGAGCGAAUUGUGGAACCAGUAGUAGUCAUUUUCUUUUGGGUUAUGCUGUGGUUCCUUGGUCUACAAGCCCUUGGACUAGUUGCUGUUCUUUGCCUUGUCAUUAUUUAUGUGCAACAGUAAAAACAUGGCUGAAUGUCAUUGUUUGAUAUUUGGUAGCCAUAUAUGUAAUUGAUGAAGUUAUAUAUUUUACUUUUUUGAAAGCAGCAAAAGUUUGCCUUGUUCAAAUUGUGUGCUGGCUGUUUUGUAAUUAAAUUUAUAAGUGGAUGUUGUUUAAGUUCAACUCGAUUAUAACAGGGUUGGACAUAUGUUUUGAGUAUAGAUUAGCUUAUUCAGAACUCUUGUUUCAUUUCUGUGAUCUGUGCACCCUUUAGAUACCUCUAUCCCCGUGCCAAAUCUUAACUACCACCACCAAAAAGUCAGCAGGGAAAAUAAUGGGAUAUGAAAUUCAAAUCAAGCAAUAUAGUUCUUGUAAUGAGUUCCAAUAAAACAUUUUAGAAGAAAAAGGAUGAAACAAGCUAAAAAAUAGGUUAAUUGGAAAGAUACUCCCCACCUACCCCCAUCAAAUAAUCCCACGUUAUUUGGGAAGUAUUUAAAUGUCUAUUUCUAUUGUUCCUGUUCAUCCCAAACCAAGGUAAAUGAUAAUUACCAUACACUACCUUAAUAUUGUGAUAAAAAUCGGUAAAGCUAGCAUGUUUUCUAAAGAUUGAAACAAAUAUAUUUAUUAUUUACUGGGAAAGUUCCCAGGUUAAAUAUAACUUUUUUAUAAUGUAACACUUGGGCCUGGAAUUUCUUCAGUACAUCAUUUGAAGUUUUAGACUAGGUUUUGGUGCUAAUUACUUUUGUGAGUUUUUAAAAUUUCAUAAGCCUACUUGACUGCACCCUAUGGUAAUGCUAUAUUUUCUGGUAUCUGACAAGUUGCAUAUUUUUUCCUAGAAAGACAUUUUCAGUGUAUUUUUUUCAGAAAUUUAUAAUUUUAUAGUUCUUUUAUAAAAAUUAUUCUAAGACUUAAAACAAUGUAUUUCCUAUCUUGGUAUGGAUUCUUCCCCCCAAAAAAAUUUGAUUUACAUUUUACUGUUAUUUUAAGAAAAAAAAUCAGAUAAUUUUUCUUUGAUAUCUGUGUUAGAAAGUACAGUACUGCAGUAUAAAACCAAAUGCUUAAACUUAGAACUUAACAUCCAAUUGUAGUAAUAUUCUUCUAAAGCAAAAGCUGAGUUAGUAAUUGGCUAACCAUGUUAUUAAUGUGUCCUAAUUCAGCACUUUGGAGUCUUCUAUUGAAAUAAGCAUUUCUUUCAAACACAGUUUGAAAAUGAAAAAUGGCUUCAGUGAUAUUUUGGGUUUUGUUAUAGAACCUAAAAUCUUUACCCUUUUGUCUCAAAGACUAUCUAUAUAAACAAAGAAGAGAUAGUUAAGAUAAUUAUCUAAGAAUUCAAGUGAAAUACUUGAGGAAAAUGGGGCCAAGGGGCACUUUUAUCUCCAGUAAGGCAAUGACUAAAGCAUGUAGAGUGUUUACUAUUCCAAUUUGUAAAGUUGUUACUCAAUCCUGUUUAUUCUGUGAUUUCUUGGUGUCUUUCCAUUUUGAAGUAGAAAAUAAUGAAAAACAUUUAACUUAGAUUUCUAAAACCAGAUAAUCCUAAAUAAAAAUACCAGCCAGUAGGCA